AUGAGAUUCUACUUCUUUUCUUUUGUGCUUCUAUUGUUCUUUGUUGCUACCAAUGCACUAAGAGUUAGAGGAGGUAAUGAACAAUCCGUAUUAGAGUCUGGAAACAGUGAUUCCGAAGAAACUACUACAACCACAGAAGGAACUGAUACUCAAAAUCCCACCGAAACUGAUGAAACUACCACUACUACCACUGCCGCCCCCUCAAAGGGUGGUAAAUUCCCAUCACUCAAGGACAGACUCCUUUCGUUCUUUGGUUUUGGAUCAGAGAAAAAUGGCAAAGGUCAGAACCAGAACCAGAACCAGAGCCAGAACCCAGCUGAGCCUGAAGAUAAAGAAGGUUCUGAUCCCUCCAAUGGAAACCCUCAAGAACCUUCAGAUAAUGACCAAAAUGAAGAGGGGCCAAGUGGGGAAGGCGAAGAAGUUAAAGUUGAGGAUUCUGAAGGUAAUAAACAAGGUGAGGGAGAAGGAAAUCCAGAAAAUACGGAGUAA